AGCCUCCGCUGACGUUAAAGUCUCACUCAGUGAAGACCGGACAGAUGAAACAGACAUGGUCACAUGCCACAGUCCCACUUUGCCCCCUGAUCGACCGCAAUAAUGUCAUUAGACAUCCAAAUGGCGCAGUCUAUCACGCCUUUCUGUGGCAGUAUAUUUUGGACAACCUUAAGACAAAGGCUGGGCUGGACCAAAACUGUUAGGAAGCCUCUUUGCAAGCAUUCUGAUCUCCCUGGGCACAAAUCCACAGACAUUAAGGUAGCUGUUUUAAAGAAAAUUAUUUGAGAGGCUAAAAAGUGUUUGAAAUAACUGAACAGCAACUUCUGCCUAAGUUUGGUCAUUUGGAACAGAGACUGGUUUUAUGCAAGGAUUCUAAUCAUGUCUGAUAAAAGUGAGCUGAAGGCAGAAUUGGAACGUAAAAAACAACGUCUUGCUCAAAUCAGAGAGGAAAAGAAGAGAAAAGAGGAAGAGCGAAAGAAAAAGGAAACUGAUCAGAAGAAAGAAGCUCUUCCUGUGCAAGAUGAGUCUGACCUUGAAAAGAAGAGACGAGAGGCUGAAGCCUUGCUUCAAAGCAUGGGUUUAACACCAGAAGCACCUAUGGUCCCCCCUCCUAUGUCACCAUCCUCAAAAUCUGUGAGCACACCAAGUGAGGCUGGGAGCCAGGAUUCCGGUGAUGGCGCUGCUGGUUCUAGGACGCUGCAUUGGGAUACUGAUCCAUCAGUUCUACAGCUCCACUCUGAUUCCGAUCUGGGACGUGGACCCAUUAAGCUUGCAAUGUCCAAAAUAACUCAGGUUGACUUUCCUCCUCGAGAAAUGGUCACAUACACAAAGGAGACCCAGACACCAGUUAUGGCUCAACCAAAGGAAGAUGAGGAAGAUGAGGAUGAGGUAGUGGUACAAAAACCACCAGUUGAACCUGAGGAAGAAAAAGUCUUGAAAAAAGAAGAGGAGGAGGAAGUUGCCCCCCAUGAACUGACAGAAGAAGAAAAGCAACAAAUUUUGCAUUCUGAAGAAUUUUUGAGCUUCUUUGACCAUUCUACUAGGAUUGUAGAAAGGGCUCUGUCUGAGCAAAUUAACAUUUUCUUUGACUACAGUGGACGAGACUUAGAAGACAAAGAAGGAGAAAUUCAGGCAGGUGCUAAGCUGUCCUUGAAUAGACAGUUUUUUGACGAGCGCUGGUCAAAACAUCGUGUUGUUAGUUGUUUGGACUGGUCAUCACAGUACCCAGAGUUACUAGUUGCUUCCUAUAACAACAAUGAAGAUGCCCCUCACGAGCCUGAUGGGGUGGCCCUUGUGUGGAAUAUGAAAUACAAAAAAACAACUCCAGAGUAUGUGUUUCACUGCCAGUCAGCUGUGAUGUCUGCUACAUUUGCAAAAUUUCAUCCAAAUCUGGUGGUUGGUGGCACAUAUUCAGGACAAAUAGUGCUGUGGGAUAACCGCAGCAAUAAACGAACACCAGUUCAGAGAACUCCCCUUUCAGCUGCUGCUCACACGCAUCCUGUGUACUGUGUGAAUGUGGUGGGGACACAGAAUGCCCACAACCUUAUCAGCAUCUCUACUGAUGGCAAGAUCUGUUCAUGGAGUCUAGAUAUGCUUUCGCAACCACAGGACAGCAUGGAGCUAGUUCAUAAGCAGUCCAAGGCUGUAGCUGUCACUUGUAUGUCUUUCCCUGUUGGAGAUGUCAACAACUUUGUCGUUGGAAGCGAGGAAGGCUCUGUGUACACAGCAUGUCGUCAUGGCAGCAAAGCUGGAAUCAGUGAGAUGUUUGAAGGUCACCAAGGACCAAUCACGGGUAUCCAUUGCCAUGCAGCAGUUGGACCUGUAGACUUUUCCCAUCUCUUUGUCACUUCUUCUUUUGACUGGACAGUAAAGCUGUGGACAACCAAGAACAACAAGCCUCUGUACUCAUUUGAAGACAACUCAGACUACGUUUAUGACGUGAUGUGGUCACCCACUCAUCCUGCUCUCUUUGCUUGUGUGGAUGGAAUGGGGAGGCUUGACCUGUGGAAUCUGAACAACGAUACUGAGGUGCCAACAGCAAGCAUUACUGUGGAAGGUAAUCCUGCCCUUAAUCGUGUUAGAUGGACAAAUUCUGGACGAGAAAUUGCAGUUGGAGAUUCAGAAGGACAGAUAGUAAUUUAUGAUGUUGGCGAGCAAAUUGCUGUUCCCCGAAAUGAUGAAUGGACACGGUUCGGUCGGACAUUAGCAGAAAUUAAUGCAAACAGAGCUGAUGCUGAAGAGGAAGCAGCAACCCGAAUUCCUUCUUAAGUCUUUUGGAUACCAGUGAAUUUCAGAAUGGGUUAAAAGGGGCUUUGGAACAGUAGCAUUCAUUAGUCUGCCACAGAACUUGAAGAUGAAAAUGGAGUAAACUCUGGAUUUGAAAAGUGUCUGAAGAUCACUGCAACAGAUCUUGCAAAGUUGCUUUUUACUAGCUAAAUCACACAUUCUUAAUCUGAAUGUCAGUAACUUAUUAUUUACCCUGACUUGGCAAGGAGUAUGUUCUACUGAAACACUAACCCAUUGUAUAUUUAAAGUUCCUUACUUUGUCCAACUUGAAGUGGCAUAUAACUGUCUCAUACAUAAGUUAUGUAUGUUUCUAAAUAAGAGCCUACCCUAAUUAAACUCACAGGUGAUACGUUGAGCAUCCGCUUCUAAAGGGGGAAAGUGUUAUGGAGCCGCUUAAGAGUUAUGCAUGCAUCUGUUCACAGCAACCUUUCUCAUAAUUAUUAUAUAAUACGACCCCGGCUACAGUGGUUGGUCAGGUAUAUGGUUAAAAAUAAUAUGUAACCCUUUUUUUAGUAAUGGAAACUUUCUAAAACACCUACUUAGUACUUUGGAUUUUUUGUUAAAUCUGUGUAGUAUAGUAAGAAUUCUUUAUAAAUAAACAGCACAUGAGCUUUUUCUCACAA